CUCUAGUCAGUGAUGUCAGUCAUGCGACAUUGUCCUGUCAUCCUCUCAAAAAUAAACAUUUUUUCUGUGAUUUUAUCAAUUUAUUGUGGUGCAAUAUAAUUGUUUUUUCUGUGAAUCUCAGCUGUCUCGAUACGCUAAAGGGUACUAGUGUGGGUUCGAGACUAUACAGGGUGCAGUCAUUGGGAGAGGGAGAUACUUUAACUGUGAAUAGAUAUUUCUGAGGUUUAUAACCAGACAUAGUUACUGCCAGGUUGAAAGUAAACAUAAAUUAUCGGACAAUAUGGAAAAUUCACUUGGUAUUGAAGAGUCCGAAAAUGAUGCAUUUUUCUUUGAAACCGAUCAUUUAGCACUGAGAGGAAAUAAAGAUUACUGUGAUAUUUUAAAGACUGUUGUAAGUCUAACAGCACUGAGACAGAAAGUUAUACAAGAUUAUAAUAAGGUUAUAGAAGUGAAAAAACAGCUGUUAGAUGCCGAUCCUAAUGACAUAUUAAGAAAAAUUCAAAGUGGGGAAGGUCUAAAACUUGAAAUACCAGAUAUUAUGGAAAUACCUAAGCUUCCAGUAAUCAACUUUGAUAAGUACCAAGUUAAAGUUCAGGAAGCUGAUUUGCAAUCAAUAUAUUCACCAUCUGAUAAAAGUGACGACAGCAAACCCAUUGAAACUCCUGCUCUAAAUACUAAGGCAUGGACUUCUGAAGAACAGAAGAAAUUAGAAGAAUUGCUUAUUGCGUAUCCUCCAGAGCCCAUUGAAAUGAAUAGGUUUAAAAAAAUUGCCGAUGCUCUUGGUACUCGAACGGUUUCUCAAGUAUCAAGCAGGGUACAAAAAUAUUUUUUGAAAUUGUACAAAGCUGGGCUACCUAUACCGGGGAGGAUUCCAAAAGGGGGGGAAAAAUAUAAAAAAACUAUGAAACAUUACUCGUGGACCUACAUGAGAAAAGAUCAACAGCUAUUAAAGCCCUCAACAUUUUUCCCAGAAAUGAUCACACCUGUAGUCAUGGAUGAGUUGGAGCAUGUACCAGGCCCAACAAAUCCUUCUAGCUCUACCAGUUCAUCUACAAAUUACCUAUUACAACAUAAUUACCAUCAAGGUACAGAAACAGAACCUGCACAUAGCGAAGCAGAAAUGCAGUUAAUACUUCUAAAGCGCAUCAAGGCCGAAAAAUUGAAGGAGCAGGACAGUAGUUUCAGCUUACCAAAACAUAUGGGAUUUAAGUGCGACUAUUGCAACUUAGAACCAAUAGUCGGUGCCAGGUGGCACUGCUUAACGUGUUUGGAUUCCAUAGACUUCUGCACAGACUGCGUAUUGGCCCAAAUGUAUUCAAGUGAACCACAUCCUUUAAACCACAAUUUGGCGAUCUUCCACAUCGAUCUAGAAGGGGCCGAACAGUUUUCCAUUGACAUGGAAGAAACAAUAUUGAAGAAGAACGGCAGCGUUAGUGAUGAUGACGAUGACGUUCGAGGCUUUCGUGAAAACGGAGGAGAGAUUGUGGAUUUCAGCAGUGUUGAUGACUGAAAAUGGCAGCUACCAGGUCAAGAACAAGACAUCUUGAUGUUGAAAUAAGUUCACAUUCUUGAAAUCAACAAAUGACGUAUUGCGGUCUGCAGGGAACAGUUUUAUUAAAGAUUUUUUAUCGUACC